GUAAUAGCGAGACGUAAACAAAGCCGAGACGCCAGUCGCCGACGAUGACUUGGUGAUACCUUUGCUGUUUUUAUGAGGGUUAUCUACAGAUGAAUAAAGGAAGCAACAAUCACUACACUCUGCUUCUCCAAGAUGAAGCAGAGACUGAUGGAGUAGGGUUGGAAGAGGAGGAGGAAGUUGAAGAUGGGUUGAAUGUGAUGGAGGAAGAGGACGAAGAGGAGGAUGAGGAUGAGGAAGAAGAUGAUGAACCCAUGGAAGAUAGUGACGAAGAGGAGAUAUUUAGUAGUAGCAAGCACCGCACACUCACACACCAUGAAGGUGCAAAUUUAAAUGGGCAAAAUCAUAUAGGAGGCCAUGGAAAUGAAUACCGAUUAUUGAAUAAUAAUGAUGCAGAUCUCAAGACAGUUUUAGACACGCCUAUUACUAUUUGGACACCAACACCCAUGUCACCUGCUCGUAGGGCAUGCUUCAUUGCAUCCAUUAUGUUGGGUAUUCUAGUUGUGGCGACCUUUCUCUGGGUGCUACCUUGUGAUGUACAGCCUUGUGAAGGAGAACUUGAAUUGAGAGACAGAGAUUGGGCUGUGAAGAUUGAAGGAAUGGGUAUCAAUCAAACCAAGCUAGUUCAAAGACUUGAUGGAGGGAAUAAUGUUCUUCUCAGUUACUACACAGCAAUCAACAUAUCCAGUUGGGAGUCAGAUAAUUCCUCUUUCCCAGAUGAUGAAUCAUGGCAGUCUGAUAACACACAAACAGAUUGUAGCAACUGUGGCUUAAGUGGCAGCAGUGUUAGUGAGGGUGAUGGUCACUGCGGCCUUCUAAUGCUGGAUGGUAACCUGGGCAGAGAAAACUGGCGCAUUUCUCUAAGGGAAUGCCCUGUAGAUCUGCAAUGUGAUUUGCUUGAUGUUAGUGGAGACAGAGUACCAGACUGCAUUGUCCGGGGUGCUAAUUCCAUGGUCUCUAUGAUUGAGGCACGAUAUGGUAACCUUAUAUGGCACUUACACAUGCAUAAAGAUAUUGAAGAUUCAUCACCAUCUCAGCCAACGAGCCACACGUCACAUUCACCAUUAAAACUUUACAAUCCUGGACCUGCACUCCUCCUUCCUGAUGUUAAUAAUGACAGUUUUGGGGAGCUUCUCUUCUCAGGCUUGUUGACAUCCAAGAAAAUGCAUUCAUGGAAACAGGAAUAUCCAGAUUCUGAAACUUGGAGUACUGAAUCAGAGUUACCAGAAUCUCUAACUUCACAUUCCUUGAUAAACCACUUAGUUCUUGUGUGUGGCCAAUCAGGAAGUAUUAUUGGUUCCCCAUUAGUUCUCAAGCAGUGCCAAAGGAUACUGUCAGUUACAUCAGAUGGCCAAGCAGUAUCAUAUUCAUGUUUGGGCACUGUAGGUAAUGAGGAAGUUGGAAAGAUGGAUCUCACAGCACUGUUAAACCAGAUAUUAGGUGAUGCAGCCCCUACUCAAGCUUCUCAGACUUCCCAGAGCACACAACCUCAAACUCAACAAUACCCAAUUCAUCAUUCAGAGAGAGAUCCAUGUAAAGUGAUCGUAUUGAAUAAAGAUGUGUGCCCAUAUUGUAAAUCGGAGAUUCAUCUUACACAUUCAGAUGAUCAACUUUUGUGGCACAAAGAUUAUGAACAUAGUGCGGGGGUGUCAUGGGCAGCUCUUUUAGCAAAUGGGGAGUGUCAUGGGGCAAUACUGAAGAUAUGGGAAUGGAAGCAUGUAACUAAUCAUGUAAAAACUUUAAAAUCCUCACCUUCAGUUAACAGAAGAACAACCAAGGCUACCCUCAUCAAUGACGUAGUAGAAACUGAACCAACUUAUCUUGAAAAAGAUGUUGAAAAUGAAAGUGAAGUUGAUAUUGCUUUCAAUUCAAAUAAUACCUCUGAAUCUAAUCAGAUAUCCGAUUUACCAUUACACACUUUGUUAAAGACAUAUUCGGUAGGUAGUCAUACAAAUGUAGAGAAAGAGAUUAUUAAUCCAGUAAGAGAGGACUAUUCUGGUUUGCAGCCACCAACAACUUUGGAAAGCCCAAGAGCUAAGAGAAACAUUCUUCAAAGUUCUCAAGUCACAUAUGAGCACCCGACAAUACAUCACCAUCGUGGAAAGCAAACAUCAGGCAGCCAUGAAGAUCCUACUCAGCUCUCAGGAAGCUUGACUACGGAACAAAAACACCCUUCCCUGGAACCAGAGAAAGAAUCUGAUACCCAUGACCUUCCUGGAAUGCACCAACCUUCAGAACAAAUGUUGACUUCUUCAACAAUGCCAGUCCCUAUUCCAACAGGCAUGAGAACAAUGCCUCCUAGUGUCCUAGCACCACCUGGUUACCAAUUGCAACAAAUACAUGAACGACUAAUUUUUUUGAAAAAUAAUGGUUCAGUUUGGCAUGAAGAGCCAUUAGCAAAUUUGGGUAUAGGAAUUACCCAGUUAUGCAAGAAUGAAAAUGCCUGCAUACCUAAUAUUAAAUCACAUGCAAGAUCAGUUGCAGUAACUCCUGGUGUAGAAGAAAGGGCAUGGCAGUUAAUUUCCAGUAGCACAACGUACGUCAACACCCCCAUUAAUGGAGAGCAACACCACACUUCCCCUUGGACACUCACUUCCAUUGUUAGAAAAAUUAUUGUUUAUGUGUGAAAUUUAAGAGAAAAUAUAAUAUAGAAAGCUUUGCAGAUGUGUGUAUAUUUAUAUAUAAUGUAUAUUUAUUUAUUAUUUAAUUUAUUUAUUUAUUUAAAAUCAUUAUGAGUUUAAAGCUGUCUCAAACAAAUUCUGUCAGAAUGACCGAAGUCUGGCAGAACUGCUGAUUGAGAUACUUUUAAACUCAUCAUUGUUCAGUGGUUAGUGUGUGUGUGUGUGUGUGUGUCUGGGGAAUCCAGAUACACAAGUUCAAUUCCCAUUACAGUGCUUCAAUAUUUUCCUCAUUCCUAUAUCACAUCAGUGGCGGCUCGUGGAAAAAUAGAAUGGAGGGACUGCGUCACUACAAGCUUCUCACAACAGCAUAAUAAUAAAUACAAGAAAAAUAAAAGGAAUAAGUAAACAAAAAACAUUUAUAAACAUACCUUAUAUGCACUGUAUAAGGUUGGUGAAGGUAUGGAUGGCUGAGGUGGUGACAAUAUUACUUUAAAAGAAAAUCAGUCAUUGUUUGUCAAAGGGUAAUUAAACUUGUAAAGUAUCUAAAGCAAUUUUAGCACCACUAACAACACAUGACACCAACCUCACUCAACGUAAACACUAAACACGGGCCUGACAGUGUGACUGGGCUGCUCCAAAUGCAGCUCAACAUUGAGAGAUGCAGCACCAAUAAGUCUUAUACUAUCGUACAGCAUGAAACCUUUUUAUCUCAUUUUAAUGACAUUUUUCAAAAAUUGGUUAUAAAUAUAUUGAAAAUAACAUAUAAAGACUUUUAUUAUGAUACAUUUGUUAGUUGCAUAUUAUUUUAGUGUAAGGUUGAUGGAGUCAUACACCGGGACUGCAGCUAAGCAGCUCCUAUGGGCGAGCCGCCACUGCAUCAAAUUGUGAUUUCAUCAUGUGUGUGUGUGUGUAUACUGUAUAUAUAUAAUUUUUUGUAAUUACUGCUAUGUAAAGGAUUUUUCCCAUAGGUACAAACUUGAAGAUUAUCACUUGUUAAGUUACCAUCAAUUUCUUCUGCAAAUCAUUUAAUGGGAAUGGUUAAAAUGUACCAUUGCAUUGUUGAACUCCAUACUGUACUAUGCAUUAUAUUGCUCACAUAUUUACUUUUAGUUCUUAGAACUGUAUAAAAAAAGUUAUGUGCCUACUAUUUAAAUAUGAAUUUUUAUAUGUGAAUUUUAUUAUUUUGAAAUUUUAACCAAGUAUUAAAUUUAUGAAUUUCCUAAGUGGGGCUUAUAUAAUUUUGUAUAUUACAGUAUUUAGCUAAUGUGCUUACCCAUCAUCCUGUUUAACAUGCUCACUGUACCUUUGCAUGAAAAAAGGAAUACUUAUGAAUUACACCAUCUUGAGAGACAGGUAUUUAUUAAUGACAAUGAUCUACUAACAGUGCAUAAACAAGAAUCUACUUAUGAAUUGUAUGCAUGUGACAUUGCAAUCAGUGCUACUAUGCAUAUACAGGUUAAUUAGCUCUUAGUUGAUAUUAUGCUUCAGGACUGAACAUUUAGAAGAAUUUUUUUUUUUUCUUGCAGGGAUAUUUCUGUGCGGGUCCUAAGCCUCUGACUGGCCCACUUAAAGGGCAAUCAAACUUAAAGAUAUAUCAAACUAUUUAGAAGAAAAUGUUAAUUAAAGGGCUAUCAAACUAAAUAUUUAAUUCCAUUUCAUUCACUUGGACAUACCUAAUUAUAGUACUGGCUACAAUAUUUAGUUUUUGGUGCAUACGUAAAUUUAUGUUAUUGGUAUAUUUUACAAAGGAACAGAUCAAUAUUUUCAGCAGGCAUUUAAUACUUCUUGCCAGCAUAUGUGAAUGGCAUUAGAUAAAAUUAUAAUUAUUAAUGAGUCUUGUUUGCAGAGAAUAAAAACCAAUGUUCUGCAAAGGAGAAUUACAUUACUGUAUUUCUUUGCCAGUUUAAUAUUUAUUCCCAAACAACAAUAAUUGCAAAUACUGUAGUAAAAAAAUAUCAUACUAAUAUUGACUUUGUUCAGCAAUAUAUAUAUAUAUACUAGUACCCAGUGCUUUUGGUAAAUGUAAAAUAUGUAUCUAGAACCAAAAUGCAUUAUAGCUUUUUCAAGUUCUUUGGUUGAUGCAUUUUUUUUUUGUUUCCUUCCACCCUCCAUCCAAGCAAACCCAUCCAACAUUACAAUAAAAUUGAACACAUUUGUAUAUUGUAUAUAUCUAUUUAAGUGAAACACUAAGUACAAUUCAUGCAAAUUGUUUUCCAUUUUUUGUUGUAUCAGGCGAGUACAUUAAAAUAUUUUUUUACAUUAGUAUUGUAAUGUGUAGUGUAUGUGAAUGCAUGAAUGUUGUGAAUGAUAUAUACAGAUAUACACAAAAGUAAUUAAUGUUGGUGGCAUUAGUAUACCACUAACUACUGUAAUCCCAUUAUUCACAGUAAUCCAUUUGUGAAUAAUGCUGCCUCCUCCAGAUGGUAUUUCAAGAAACACCCUACUGGGUGUUUCUUGAAAUAUCAUCAGGAGAUAUGAUGACAGAUUGCCAGCAUGAUAUUUCCUUGUCAGUCAUGCAUUCCUAGUAGUCCUUAUCAAGCUCGGUGACUUUCAACCAUGAAAUAAAGAGGGAGAGGGGGGGAAUGUUUGUCCAUGUAUUGCAAGUGUAAUUAUACAAAGAAUUAUACUCAUGGUGUACCAUCUUCUGUACAUAUUUUGCCAUUUCAAAUUACAUACAGAACUCCAGCUUAUCACAUUUCAAUAAUGAAAUACUCCAGCUCUUAACUUCUGCAAUGGUUUUGCUACUUACAUUCAUCUUUUGGAGCAUGUUCCAUCCCUCCACCACUCUGUUUAGAAAGAACAUAUUUUUUGUAUAUUUCUAUUUCUUUAUUUUACCAGCUCAUCUGUGGUUUCUAAUUACCCUUAUUGCUAGUUGCAGAAAGUCUUCUAUAUAUAUUUUCACUUCAACUGUCAAUAACUUACAUCUAUCAAUUAUAUCUCCUCUAGGACUUUCAUCUUCCAUCCACAUAGUUGCAUGCCAUUGAACUUGCUCUGUUUUAUUCACUUUAGUUUUAAGGUGGAAACACUAUGCUCUUGUUCUAUAUUCUAAUUUUGGUCAUAUGAAGUGAUUCUUUAUAAUUUCACCAUUUACAUAAUUAAACACUACCCUAAUGUUUGUCAGCAAUGUAAAAGGCUUCUUUUACUUUGGCAUUUAUGUCUCCUCCAGUGAUUGUUUCUUAUUAUUAGAAACCUGGCUUCCUUUCUGGCUCCAUCCCAUUUCUGUGGCGUGAUAUCAACAUUGAAACCCAUCACUCAUAUUCUGCUUUAUUCGUCUCAUCAAGAACAAUUACAGUUCACUGUAAUCAAAAUUAUCACUUACUUUACCUAGUAUCUUUGCGUAGUUGGUAAACAUGUCCAUACAACUCUCCAUGUCCUCUGUCAAGUCAGUUGCAUAAAAUAUAAACAUAAUGGGUAUCAACACUGACCUUGAAGAACCUAGUUGGUAAUCAACCUCUAUUCCGAUUUUUUACCCUAGUUGCAUACCUUGCAUAUGUGAAGAAAUCCCUCAUCUGUUCAAGUAAUGUAUCAUGUAUGCUUCCUUUACAUUCUAGCUUACAUAAUAAUGUAGCUUUGUAUGCAGAUUUUUGUCAAACCUCCCUUCAUGAAAUCUAGGAAGAUACAGUAUGCUUAUUCAUCUCUUUCUUGAACUAUCGCUGAUACUUUUAUCACAAUCAUAAAGUUGGAGAUAAAACUUCCCAGUAACGUUUGUUUGGGACAACUUGGCAACAUUUCUUCACUCAUUUUGCCCAUGUUGUACUCUACAGUAACUGGGGACCUAGAUGUAAAUUGAUUAGUCAUAUUCCGAAGAAAAAAAAUGGCAAAAAUCAACCUAACAAAUCCUAAUAUAAAAAUUACUACAAAUGAAGUACAUGUUCUUCCUGUCUACUGAAGACUAGGUCACGAAUUUACAGGUCAUCCCCAUUUCUCAUUCUCAUGGCCACUUGUACAUGUUAAUGCAAAAGAGUGUCAUGUUUAGGAAAAGUACCACCCAGUUUUCUUCAUGUUUUACCUCAUUACACCUUUCAGUCCCUGCAUUUCAGGUGAUAAUCACCUAGUAACUUUAAGUAUUAUUCAGUCAUGUUUAGUUUUCUGGAUCAUUUUCAUUCUUCAUUCCACUCUCUUCCCUGGUUGAAGAUUUGCUUGUUGCUGCAUUGUAUAUAUUUGUUUUUACUAAUUUCUCUUUGUCAAGAUGUAGUUCCACUAUUUCUGCAUUACCUCCACAUUAUAGGGAUUAUAUGGCAUAUUUAGUUUCAACAUUUCUAUCACUUAUUUUCUGUACUGUGCCUUUUACCACUUCAGUUUUACUAUCGUAUUUAUCUUUAUUAUUACCAUUCUGACACUACUUGCAAAUUCUCAAGCUUGUACCUAUAAUAAAUCAUUAGCUAAUGACUUCUGAAGAUGUUAGUUUCUGAUGACCACCAUUACGUAGUGUAAUUACAAACACCACGUGUGUAAUUACCUAGGUGUAGUUACAGGAUGAGAGCUACGCUCGUGGUGUCCCGUCUUCCCAGUAUUGUCAUAUGACACUUUGUAACUGCUGACAGUUUUGGCCUCCACCAUCUUCUCACGUAACUUGUUUCAACCAUCUACCACUGUUUGCAAAAGAAAACUUUCUAAUAUUUUUUCAACCCCUUUGUUUCCCUAGCUUGAAUCUGUCUUGUUCUUGAGGUUGUAUGCAUGUGUGUGCGUGUUUUUUCUGCAUAAAAUAAUGGAUUUUUGUUUAAAUUUUGCACUUCCAUAUACAAGUACUGUAGAUUGUAAGAUCAAUCAUUUUUAUUCUUGUAUUUAGUUUGUAAUAAUCAUAUUGUGCCUGUAAAAAUAUAAUUAAAUCCAUUACAUUUAUAUUUAUAAGCGUUACCUUAUCCGAAUUGUGUGCUAGUAUAUACAUCAUCAGUCUUUGCUCAAAAGUAAAAUAACCUUAUUUUUGUGACACAGGUGCUCAGUGUUGAGUUUGUGAAUAAAAAUGUAGUUUUCUCUGUGUGGUGAGUAAUAGGAAAAUAUAAUUUACCAAGUUCCUAUUGAAUUGAUUAAGUUAAUGAUCCUACAAAAUAAAAUCAUAACUUAUUUUAAUUGAACUCUUAUAGUUGUUUCA